UCAGUAUAUAUUUGCAAGUGCUUUAUUCUGCCGUUAAUAUUUUAUUAAUCUAUUUAUUUUGUAUUUCGUAUUUUCCUUCGGUUCGAUUUCACUCAGUUCAAGAACAUGGCGUCCUCUACAAUGUUGCGGAUGUCAGGCUCUUUUUCACAAACCAUUCCUUUUGUAAUGGGGCGGCAGAUGGGAUCAAUAACAUUUCCCUUCUCUCAAGUCUUCACAGACCACACCAAAACCGGCAAAGAGAAAACAAGUGUUAGUGUGGUACCAGUGCGUGAAAAGAGCAGUGAACCUGCACAAGAAGUGGUCAAACGAAAACCUUACUCCCCCUUUCAAAACACAAGCAACAAAGUAGAGUUUGCAGUGGCCAGAGCAGACGAUCUUUGAAUUGGGCACGCAAGGCAAAGUUCAAUAUGGCCUCUGACUUUUGGUCUGGCAUGUUGUGCUGUGGAGAUGAUGCACUUUGCUGCUCCUCGUUAUGACAUGGACCGUUUUGGCGUUGUGUUCCGUGCCAGUCCAAGACAAGCAGAUUGCAUCAUUGUAGCUGGAACUUUGACUAAUAAAAUGGCGGCUUUGAGAAAGGUAUAUGAUCAGAUGCCUGAGCCUCGAUGGGUCAUCUCCAUGGGCAGCUGUGCCAAUGGAGGAGGAUACUACCAUUAUUCCUACUCAGUGGUUCGAGGAUGUGACCGCAUUAUACCUGUUGACAUUUAUGUGCCAGGGUGCCCACCAACAGCAGAAGCCUUGCUUUAUGGAGUGUUACAGCUUCAGAAAAAGAUUAAGCGCAUGAAAACAGUGCAGAUGUGGUACCGGAAAUAACGAGUGGUUUAGAGUGUGACAUUAUGGACAAACUACUCACUAAUAUCUAUUUGUACAUUUUCUUUGGGGUUUUUUUUUUUUUUUUUGGAACUUUAUUUUUAAUUAGAUUUAAUUUGAAGAUAUCUGAAGAAAUUAAAUGAAUACUAGUGCAAAUCUGA